GCAGAAUCAAGGCCAACGCCAUUAGCUUCGUCAGAACUGAAAAUUUAGUUUUGUACUGCACUUUAUUAUUAACAGAUACUAGUGACAAGAGUUGGUUAUACGAACACGCAAAUUGAAUGAUCUAAAUGAGCAUAGUCAUCAUCAUUCAAUUUGUCCUUUUCCCAUCUGGUGGUCCUAAUCUAUAGCAAAUCACAAUGGAAUCCACUUUCCAGAGAGACACUUCAGUCUCGGCCUCAUUUCGUACGGCGACAAAUCCAACCUUCACGCAAACGAUCAUCGGCAGGAAGUCGGCAUUGUCUCAAGACAUCGAGGAAUUCCGUGGCAUCCCUUACGGCUACGUGCCUAGAAGAUGGGAGCAUUCUCGACUGAGAGAGCAGUUGCCCGAUGAUGUAUACGACGCCACAAAGAAUGGUCCCAAGUGUCCUGCUCCAGGUGUAUCUGAUUCAAGAUCAUUUCAAUCGUACCUGCCUUUCCCAAACGAUGAUGAGGACGAGUUUGCAUGCUUGAACCUUUUCGUAGUCCGACCAAGCUCAGAGGCAAUAGCUAAGAUCUACGGCACCUCCCAAACAGUAAAGUUACCUGUCAUGGUAUGGAUUCACGGCGGCGGUUUCGCAGAUGGGUCAUGUACGGACCCUGUUUGUGAUCCUUCCCGGCUUGUACACCGGGCCAUUGUCAAGGGCACGCCUUUCAUCGCUGUUGCUAUGAAUUAUCGCCUUAACAUCUUCGGCUUCGGCGCGUCAUCCACGAUGCUUGCGGCGCAAGAUUCCAAUGCCUCCAUCAAGGGAGUCAACUUUGGCCUCCACGACCAGAAAAUCGCUCUUAUCUGGAUUAAACAUCAUGUUAGCGAGUUCGGCGGCGACCCUACCAGAAUCACCAUUAUGGGUCAAUCUGCUGGAGCAACGUCUUGUCACAUUCAUUUGCUCGAGGCUGAGUCAAGUGCGCGAAAGCCCUUGUUUCACAAGGCCGUCUUGAUGUCAGGAGCUUUUGGCGGUCUUGAUGUGUCACUUCUCGAGAAGGCGGAUGAGCGCUGGGAGAAACUCUGUCAGUGGUUCUCGUUCCAAGAACUAGGCCCAGCCGAUCGUCUUGAAUCGCUUAAGCACGUUCCCGCCCAUCAACUACUUUGCGCCGUAUCUGAGCUUUGUUGGAGGUUCUUUACCCUCACAAUCGACGGCUCGACCAUCAACCAGGUUGAUACAGACUCAAGUGUCUCCGUACAUCUUGGGAACGAUGACAUGGAAACACAUCUCAAGGAUAUAGGCGACGACGUUCAAGUUCUGUUGGGUGCGACAUCUCAAGAAUUCUACGGCUUCGUCCGUAUGGCCAACUGGACCUUUGAGGAGUUCAGCUCGCUUUUCAAGCCGUGUUUUCCAUCACAGGAAGUCGCUCAAAGAAUCCAAGAAGCGUAUGGCAUUAUACGCACCUCCCCAAACGAAUUGGUUCAAGAUGGACUGGUCCAAUUCGUGUCUGACGCAACCAUGACGUAUACCAAGACUCACCGCGCUGCCGAACAUCUCAAGUCGCAUCGUAGCAUGCGGCAGAGAACCUCUCAACCAAAUCCUAGAUGUGUUAGGAUCCACCAGUAUCAUGUGGAAUUUGGUAAUCCUUUUCUCGGCCCAAUGCACGGCAUUGCACAUCACGGAGUGGACUUGGUCUACUCAUUUGGUAAUUUCGAAGCCGCCUUGGAGAAUUGCGAUCGUGGUAUCCCGGAAGGCUACGUUGAGCCCGGCUCUGACGCACCAGAACAAAUUCCCACGGACACAAGUCCUACGAUAAAUCUGGACCGCCAGCAAGAUUACAAAUCUCAUGUGGAUUUGAGUCGUUACAUGCAAGACGAGCUCGUCGAUUUCAUUGUGGAACAGCCCUGUGAUUCUGAUGGGUGCGGACAUGUCGAUCAAACUAAACUUUACUGUUCUGAUCGAUCAGUACGCAUGGAAAGUUGGACUGAUAGAGAGGAGUGGGGGCUGACAAAGGCAAGGUAUGAUGCUUUGGAGAAGGACUUUGUUUCCAUGGUUGUCGCCUCAAAGAAACUCGUUAGGAAUGUCUUGAAUAUGUCAUUAGACUAG